CCAUCGACGACCGACCGACGUCAAGUUAUCGCAGCCCGGGGAUUGUUGCUUGCUGAACGUCCGUUGCCUCCAUCAGGUUCGUGCGCUGUCUCCGCUUCCCGCCCUUGAGGUUGAACUGCUUCGAUCCACUCUGUAAUACAUACCGUCGUCCCAAAUUGGUUCUGGUUGUUACCAACAGAACUGAACCGAAGUUCGAAGCCGAAGCAGAGGAAACGACAUCGGAGUGGAACCGAACGAAGUCGUCGCUGAGUCGCAAGCGCAGAGAGAGCACUGUAUUGACCUGCGACAUCAUCAAACCAGGCUUGCGACGACAACCAACUACCUACCUAGCCACUCCUCUAAUAUCACACCUGGCGCAACGCAUUUGCCUCACCUACCCUGCCAGCCAACCUCAAAACCAACAAUUAAUCAACACCAUCCACCGCAACCCGCCCAUCAUGCUCACCACCACUGCCUCUUCGGCUGCGGCCGUCGCGCGCCAGCUCACCACCCGCCGAGUCAUCGCCCCCUCCUUCGUCUCUCAGGCCAUCCGCACCUACGCAACCCCCGCCGGUCCCCCGCCCAAGGGCUUCCGCAUUCCGACGCCCAAGACGUGGGACCAAGAGGAGGAACACGUGCUGGAUAAGAACGGACGGUACUUUCUUUUGACGGAGAUGUUUAGGGGCAUGUAUGUGGCUAUGGAGCAGUUUUUCAGGCCGCCGUACACAAUCUAUUACCCCUUCGAAAAGGGUCCCAUCUCCCCCCGCUUCCGCGGCGAGCACGCCCUUCGUCGUUACCCGUCGGGCGAAGAACGCUGCAUCGCCUGCAAGCUCUGCGAGGCCGUCUGCCCUGCUCAGGCCAUCACCAUCGAAGCUGAAGAGCGUGCCGAUGGAAGCAGAAGGACGACCCGCUACGAUAUCGACAUGACCAAGUGCAUUUACUGCGGAUUCUGCCAGGAGAGCUGUCCCGUGGAUGCGAUUGUGGAGAGUCCCAAUGCGGAGUACGCAACGGAGACGAGGGAGGAGUUGUUGUAUAACAAGGAAAAGCUACUCUCUAACGGAGACAAGUGGGAGCCUGAGCUUGCGGCUGCUAUUCGCGCCGAUUCACCUUACAGAUAAAGGGGUUGUGGCUUGAAGACCGGAUAACAGGACGGACAAUGAAGACAGAGAUUCUUUUUUUCGUUGUUGCUAUGCUAGAGUUUCGGAACCAGCAGUUUCGGACGGGUUGCGGUAUCAACAGGACGCACCAUUGUGUUAUAGAAGGCAGGCAGGCAGGCAGGCGGACAGGCAAAAGAAGGCUGUAGAUACAUUUGUGAAUUGCGUCCCUCAUCCAACUUCUUGUCUUUUUGAAAGUCAUCUCGCCAGGGAAGAUCCUAUAUGCGGCCAAAGGGACGCAUCAAGAAACCUAAAGAUGCUUGAAAGGCUGAAUGUACAAUUAGUGUACGGUACCAUCUGUAAGAUACAAGCUGUAUCGUGAUG